AUGGCCACUCAAGAUCUUAACAACCCACCAGUUACGGUGUCUAGAAUUGGCAUCAUAGGUGCUGGUGUCAGUGGCAUAGCCGUAGCAAAACAACUAUCAAACUACAACCCUGUUGUUUUUGAAGCCACUGACUCAAUUGGUGGUGUUUGGAGACAUUGUUCCUAUAGGUGUACUAAGCUUCAAUCACAAACAUGGAACUAUGAGUUCAGUGAUUUCCCUUGGCCUGAGAGGGACAAUUCUGAUUACCCUACUCAUGCUGAGAUUCUGGCGUAUUUGCAUACUUAUGCAGUUCGUUUCGAUUUGUUUAAGUAUGUUAAGUUCAAUUCCAAAGUCGUGGAAAUCAAGUUUAUUCGGGACAAAGAUGGUUUUGAUUUCGGACGUUUGCCGAAUGAUCACGGGAAUCCGCUUCCCGCUCGUCCCGUCUGGGAGGUUUCAGUUCAGACUAAUGAAUUGAACACUUUUCAGCGGUACGAGUUCGAGUUUGUAGUGAUUUGUACUGGAAAAUAUGGUGACAUACCAUUGAUGCCAACAUUUCCACGUAACAAGGGACCUGAAGUGUUCAAUGGUAAGGUUCUGCAUAGUAUUGAUUAUUGUAAACUUGACAAAGAAGCUACUAGUGAUCUUGUUAAGGGAAAGAAGGUUGUUGUCGUUGGUUACAAAAAAUCAGCUAUUGAUCUAGCUCUCGAGUGUGCACAGGCAAACCAAGGACCUGAAGGGCAACCAUGCACAAUGAUAAUAAGAAGUUUGCAUUGGACACUUCCCCAUUAUCAGAUGUGGGGAGUUCCAUUUUUCUUGUUCUAUGCAACAAGAUCUGCACAGUUCCUUCAUCAAACACCAAAUCAGGGUUUACUCAAAUCCCUCUUAUGCCUCCUAUUAUCUCCCAUGAGGCGUGGGAUUUCAAAAUUCAUAGAGUCCUACUUGCUUUGGAAACAGCCAAUGGAGAAGUAUGGGCUGAAACCAGAUCACCCUUUUGAGGAAGAUUUUGCAUCUUGUCAAAUAGCUAUAACACCAGAAAGUUUUUUCAAUGAGGCUGAUAAGGGAAAAAUCAUCUUUAAAAGAGCAUCAAAGUGGUGGUUUUCAAAUGAUGGGGUUGAAUUUGAUGACAACACUAAAAUAGAUGCUGAUGUUGUUGUUUUGGCAACUGGCUAUGAUGGAAGGAAGAAGCUCAAAGCCAUUUUGCCAGAACCUUUCUGUAGCUUAUUGGAAUAUCCUACUGGUACCAUGCCACUUUACAGGGGAACGGUUCAUCCAUUGAUUCCAAACAUGGCCUUUGUGGGUUAUGUUGAGAGUGUUUCAAAUCUAUACACUUCAGAGAUACGUUCCAUGUGGCUAUCUGGACUACUUGAUAACAAAUUUAAGCUCCCAAGUGCUGAUAAGAUGCUUUCACAGACAAUUAAGGACAUGGAAACAAUGAAAAAGUCUACCAGGUUUUAUAAAAGAAACUGCAUCACAACAUUUGGUAUCAACCACAACGAUGAAAUUUGCGAAGAUUUGGGUUGGAGUACUUGGAGGAAGAAGAGCUUGAUCAAAGAAGCAUUCACUCCUUACACUGCUUUUGACUAUAAGAAGGAAGAUUGA